AUGUUGGCCUCUAAAUCACCUUACCUCGCGAAUGUCUCGGCCGCUACUCAGCAAAUACCCAUCCGCAACUUCUCCGACGGAUCACAAAGAACACAGCUGUCUUCGAUGGCUCUACCAGACGGACUCUUCACAUCUCCAACCGACUCAGAGUUUUCUGGUGUCUAUGACGGACUGGACUCAAUCCGAGCAUGGGACGAGAAACAGGUGGGAGAAUGGCUACACUCGAUCCGCUGCGGACAAUAUGAAUCGCUGUUCAAGACGAACAACUUCACUGGUGAAAGCCUAUUGGAAUGUGAUCAGAAGAUCUUGUCCGAGAUGGGAAUCAAGAAAAUCGGGGACAGAGUACGAAUCAAUGUUGCAAUAAAACAACUUCGCAACAAGUCUUCGUUGCUGCGCACCAAGAAGAACCGGGAUUCUCUCGCAAUUCUUGAUGGCUUCGCAGCUACUCCUUCAUCCUCCGACUCUCCUCGAACCCAUGGAUCUAGGUCACAGGCGGGGAGCGCCAAGCGGUUUUCUCGCCAGCUCGAUCCAGCAGUACUGCAAAACUUCAACUCUGCCAGCACAGGGUUCAAGGUCGGGUCCAGGCCAAGCUCUCCACAAGCCGAUAUACAUAGUGCUGGCUUGAGGUCUCAUCGGUAUGCUGGAAGCCCCAUGGAUGCCGGGAGGAGCAACCCGGGCACUGGUUAUUUUAGCCAGCCAGGUUCAGCCAACUCCACAUCUGGAAGACGUCCGGAGACACCCCAGCUCGCGAGUCAGACUACCCGAGCCGCUCACUUGCGACAAAACUCUAGUGUUGACGGGCUAACUCCCGGCGGAUUGCCCACCGGGUCACCGGUCAUCAAAAUCAUUCACAAUGGUGGCCAAACCAAAGUUGUCAACAUCAAAUUCUGCAGAAACGCCGAUGAAGUGACUUCGACCGUGCUCAAGAAAUUGCUCCUUCCAGAGACACACUUUCGCAACUAUUGCUUUUACGUCCUCAACGGUCUUGAACCUGAACCGGCCAAUUGUCGUCGAGUCAGCGAUAGCGAGCUUAUGAGGAUUUGCAACGAAUCGACGCGAUCAGAAAGAAACAGGCUCAUCCUGCGCAAGAUCAACGAUGGCCCACCUGACCUGGAGGAGAUCCGCAAGGCUGCGAAAAUCGCGGCCGAUGAAUCGCAAGUCCUGCAUAACAACGCAUUGAGCACCAACAACAUGCGCAAUCAGAUCAAACUUCAAAAGCUGACUGGAGAAUCCUGGCAUCAUAUUCAAGCGCCAAUCUCUCCAGUCACCACAACCGACAGAAAUCACAACGUCAUAGCGACGGCGGAUGAACAGGAUCGGCAAGAAGCACAACGCCUGAGAGCCUCGAGCCAGCAGAGCACGAAGCUCCGCUCAUUCUUUGGUGCUCGACCCCCGAGCGAGAUGAUCGUCCAGGAGUUGACCUCAUAUUUCCCUGCUCAUCAACGUGAGGACAUCGAGAAGACGAUGAGGCUAUCAGUACGCCGCUCGCAGCGUAUGAGCCGGGCAGCAAGCCGGCUGAGCGUGAUGAGUAAUGUCAGCUAUGCGUCGAGCCUGAAGGAUGCUCCACCAGUACCUAGUAUCCCCAGUAUCGCCGACUCCUGGCUCGCUCAAGGCGGAACCAGUUCUCGAGCACCUGCAGGCAGACCGUUAUCGGUCAUGUCGACGAAGUUCAACCUUCCAAGUUUUGCCUUUAGAGAUUCUAUUGCGUCGUCAACCCUUCAUCCACUACAGGAGGAAUCGCCCGUUGAACCUAACCGGAAGUCAUAUGUUUCUUUUGAUAGCGGGUCCGACACGGCAGCUGGGAGUGAAGCCCCGAGAGGCAGCUAUUUUGACGAGAGCCCGGCUGGACUGAGUCCGGAUAAUCUCAACGAACGACUGUCCGUCAUUGUUGCCGAAGAUGGCGAGGAAGAAGACCAAGCAUUGACAUCCUUUCUCAACGGAAACAGCUUCGACAAGAACAACUGGAUGAAGGGCGAUUUGAUAGGCGAGGGGUCGUUUGGCAGUGUUUACCUGGCUUUGCAUGCUGUGACAGGUGAAUUAAUGGCUGUGAAACAAGUCGAGUUGCCCAAUGUGGCCAAAGGCACAGAAGGUGAUAAGAAGAAGACGGCAAUGAUCGCGGCGCUGAAGCAAGAAAUCACGUUGCUGCAAGGACUUCGUCACCCACACAUUGUGCAAUAUCUGGGCACAUCAUCCGACGAAGAGCAUCUGAACAUUUUCCUCGAGUAUGUCCCUGGCGGGUCUAUCGCAGGGAUGCUGAAGCAGUACAACACCUUUCAAGAACCGCUGGUGCGCAAUUUCACGCGCCAGAUCCUCGAGGGCCUCUCAUAUCUGCACGAGCAGAACAUCAUCCACCGGGAUAUCAAGGGUGCCAACAUUUUGGUCGACAACCGCGGCGCGGUCAAGAUCUCGGAUUUCGGCGUGUCCAAGCAAAUCAACUUCAACGGCAUGAGUGCCGCCCCAGGCACACGCACGUCGUUGCAAGGCAGUGUCUUCUGGAUGGCCCCUGAGGUCGUCCGGCAGAGCGGCCAGUCCAUCAAAUCCGACAUCUGGUCCGUGGGGUGUUUGGUGGUUGAGAUGUUUACCGGCUCCCGCCCUUUUCCUUCCAUGACGACCCUGCAGACAUUGUUUGCCGUGGGCAGCAACAAUGAGAAACCCUCAAUUCCAGACACCGCCAGUGAGGAUGCCAAAAAGUUCAUGAACAAGACGUUUGAGGUGGACCAUGAGAAGAGGCCGUCGGCGGAUGAGCUGUUGAAGGAGAAGUUUUUGCUGCCGAUGGCUUGA